GGAAUGCCCUCUUAUGUACCCCCUCCCUAAUCCCUUCCAUCCGUACUUGGAGGAUCCCCAGGAGUGCUACCUCGCAGCCAAGCAAGUCCGGAAUCCUAGUCAGCAGCUGUACCGUUGAACCACUGCCACGCAUCUCUCUCCUCCGUUUGCCCCAACAGGCGAGUGGCGGCGCGAGGCGAACCCCCUGUGGCUACCGCAAUGGCUCUCCCCAGGCGAGCGUGGCCAUGGCUACGUGGCGCGAGUACUCUGGGCCUCCUGGGCAUCGCCGCCUCUCUCCUGCUCGCCGCGGGAGCCGACGACAGUGGGCCGCUGCGCAUCGACUGCGGCAGCGCGGUGGAGAGCGGCGUGGCAGCGGCGGCGGGAUUCACGGCGGACCAGUACACGUCGGACGGCACGCCCUUCACCAUCGCCGCGGGCUCGCUUAACUCCGCCAAUCUCACCGCGAACCUCUCGUCCGCGGAGACGACGGGGCGCGCGUUCUCGAACAGCAGCGGCGGGUGCUAUAAGAUCCCGCGCGCCAACGGCACUUACUUGGUGCGCCUGGGCUUCGCGUACCUGGACUUCGACCAGCAGGCCAACCCGCCCGUGUUCAACGUGACGGCGCAGGGCGUGCCCGUGCUCACCGUCAACCUGCUCGUCGCGGAACUGCUGCAGAACAACGACACGGCGCGCAUGGCCACGGCGCACUACCGCGACUUCAUCGCGUUCACGAGCACGGGGUUCCUGGACAUCUGCCUCGUGCCCUUCUCCUCCGCCUUCCUGCCCACCUCCGGCUUCGUCAACGAGCUCGACCUGGUGCUCGCGUACCCCUCCGCCGCGCAGUCGCGCACUCCCCUGCUCAACACGCUCGAAGUCUUCCCCACCCCGAGCACCGUGUACGGGGGCGCGCCCGAGAGCGCCGGCGUGAUCCUCGCAAACGCCAUGCGCGUGAACAUCGGCGGGCCCACCGUGGGGCCGGACCUGGCGGGGCGCGUGUGGGAUGGCGACGACCGCUCGUACCUGCCGCGGAGCUUCCGCGCGACGAACGCCACGGUGAAGGACACAGGCGCCCCCGACGACUACUGGCCGCAGGCCGUGCUGCAGACGUACCGCGAGUCGAUCGACUUGGAGAAGGCGCAGGCGGGCACGGAGAUGCAGUACUCGGGCAUGGUGGUGCCCAUGGACCCGUCCAACCUCUUCGUCGUCGUGCUCAACUUCGUCGAGCCCAACCCCGCCGUGAAGCGUGGGCAGCGCGUGAUGGACGUGCAGCUGUUCUGGGGCGACGGGCAGCGCAUGGCCAUGGGGCUGCAGCCGGAAGUGGUGGACAUUGUGAACGAGACGACGCCGCUGACAGCACUGGCGCUGAUGCACGUGGUGCAGCUGCAGACCCCCAUGUCGUACUUCCAGAAGGUGUUCGUGCAGCUGCACGCCAGCAACAAGAGCCUGCCCGCCGUCAUCAGCGCCAUGGAGGUGUACGAAGCCAUCCGGCUCGCCCCGUCCACACCUGAUGGCGGCACUGCCGCGCCCACCGCUGGUUCAUCCAUGACGCUGACUGCGGAGCAGGCGCACGUGUUGGCCCCCCCUCCACCGCCUCCGUCCACCAGCAGUGGCCUGUCCGCUGGCAGCAUUGCUGCCAUCGUUCUGGGAGUGCUGCUGGGGGUGGUGCUGGUUGGCGGUGGCGUCUUCUUUGUCAUUAAGCGAAAGCAGAACCCCACACCAUUCACCAAAUUCGAUGGUGGUGGCGGGGCCAGCGCAACCGCCAACCUUGUCGUUUGAAAAGGCUUGCAAUAGCUACCUACUGAUGUGCCAUGGAGUUAUGGUGUGGCCGCUUUUGGAGUGGGUAAGAUAGGAUGCUCAAGGUAGGUUGACUGUGGGGCCGCUCUACCUACUUCAUUUGAAGUAGGGGUUUGUUGCUCCCUUCUGUAAUAGCAGCUUGCAAUACCACCAAGUGUGAACAGUCAUCAUUAAACAAGUAGCGAAUGU